AUGGAUAAUAGUAUUAAUCAAGAAGCAAUUACUGAUAACAAUGCUUCUGUGAAUAAUAACUUGGCUGUUGAUCCUCCUAUUUCGAAUGAUGCUGCUAAUCCUAAUCCCCGUAGUGCUAGCGAUAGUCAGUCACAAGGUUUGUGCUUUGUGAAAUCAAUAGAUGUUUCCAGUAUGGUAAAAAAUGCUUCACACUUAUGUAAUUUGUUUUCUGAGGUGAUUGAAUGGAUUGGCCCUAAUGAUAUUAUGCAUGUUGUGACUGACAAUGCGGCCAAUUAUGUUGCUGCUUGUAGGCUUAUCAAUAGAAAAUAUUAUAAUAUCUAUUGGUCACCAUGUGUUGCUUAUUGCCUUAAUCUUAUUUUAAAAGAUAUAAGCAGCAUAGCGCAUAUUUCUAACCUUGCAACACGUGCUUCAAAUAUCACAGUAUUUGUGUACAAUCAUACGAGCAUCUUUGAUCGUAAAAAGGAUUUGCAAGCAUUGGUUGUAGAUUCAAUUUUCACUGAUCACAAAUUAGGAAGGAAUGCUACUGGCUUGUUUGAUGCUGAUGACAAACCAUCUUUAGGAUAUGUUUAUGAAGAAAUGCUAAGAGCAGAAGAUGCAAUUAAAGAGAUGUUUAGGCAAUCCAAGACUGUAUAUCAGCUGUACACAAAUAUUAACAACUCAAGAUGGGACAAGCAUUUGAAGAAAGAUCUUCAUGCGGCAGCUUACUUCCUGAAUCCUAAAUUCUUUUUUAAUGAAAAUUUUAAAGAAGCACAUGAUGUUAUGCGAGGUUUGCUUGAUCUUGUUACCUUGUAUUGCAAAUGUAACAAUUUGGAUUCAGUUCAAGCAAUGAAAGAAAUACAUUUAUAUAGAGAUCGGAAGGAAAGUGUUGAUAGACCAGAAGCUAUUCGAGCUGCAUCUGAACUUAAUCCUGAUGAAUGGUGGAGGUUAUUCGGAGGCUCUGCUCCAUGUUUACAAAAGAUAGUUGUUUGCAUUCUUAACCAAGCAUUUGCUUCUUUUGAGUGUGAGAGAAAUUGGAGUCUUUUUUACCAGAUUCAUACAAAAAGAAGAAAUAGAUUGGAGCAUGAUAGACUGAAUGACAUUGUUUAUGUUACCUAUAAUUUGCGUCUUAAAUCCAGGAAAAAGAAAAAAAAACAGAAGACACAAUAUGAUCCAAUUGAUUAUGAAAGCAUCAGUCUAGUUAACUUUUGGGUGACUGAAGAGGUUGUAGAGAAAGAGCCUGAUCUUCCUAGUAAUGUGGAUGACUUAUUGCGUGAAAUUGAUGCUGAUUUAUACCAAAGCGGCGGUGGUAGUAGUGGUCUUCAUGCUGCAUCUCUUGAUUCUUCUGCUCAAGAGGGUGGGAAUGAAGGUGAAGAUCAUCCCACCGAAGCAGAUUUGCAACAAAGUAGUAGCAAGACACGUUCAACUUCACAUGGAAGAGAAGGAAAAAGGGCAACGGCGGGGGAUGAGAAGAGGUCGAGGGGUCCAGGGUCGUGGCCGCCGUCGUGCAAGUCAAAGUGCGGGUGGUGCAGCCCAUGCAAACUGGUUCACGUGCCGGUCCAACCGGGCAUGAUCUUACGGCUUGAGUACUACCCAGAAACGUGGCGUUGCAAGUAUGGGAACAAGCUUUUUAUGCCUUGA